AUGGCUGCUGCUGGAGGACAUGCGAACAUAGUCAAAAUCCUGCUCGAAAAUGGAGCUAAUGCUGAAGACGAGAACGCCCAUGGAAUGACUGCAUUGCACUUGGGAGCUAAAAACGGGUUCGUCUCAAUCCUUGAAGCUUUCGAUAAGACUCUGUGGAGGCGGUGUUCAAAAAAGACUGGUCUGAACGCUAUGCACAUUGCUGCCUACUACGGUAACUCGGAUUUCGUCAACGAGAUGCUGAAGAGCGUGCCAGCGUCAAUUCGCUCUGAACCGCCGAUCUAUAACCAUCAUGUCGUGAAAGAGUUCGCCACCGAGUACGGAUUCACUCCACUGCAUUUGGCUGCUCAGUCCGGUCACGACUCACUCGUGCGAAUGUUGCUCAAUCAGGGCGUGCAGGUGGACGCGACAAGUACAACAAUGAAUGUGAUCCCUUUGCACUUGGCCGCUCAGCAAGGUCACAUUGCAGUCGUCGGUAUGCUCUUGUCCCGGUCCACUCAACAGCAACACGCCAAGGAUUGGCGAGGACGAACUCCACUUCAUCUCGCUGCUAUGAAUGGUCACUACGAGAUGGUUUCGCUGCUGAUUGCUCAAGGGUCGAACAUCAACGUCAUGGAUCAGGUUUGUCCUGAGGUACUUUCUCAAGAAGGCAUCGCAGUAGUUGUGAUUCAGAAUGGCUGGACUGGAAUGCAUUUUGCCACGAAAGCUGGCCAUCUCAAUGUCGUAAAACUCUUCGUGAAGAGUUCUGCCGAUGAGCUGGCGGAGACAAAGGAAGGGAAGGUGCCGUUGUGCUUCGCGGCAGCGCACAAUCAUAUCGAAUGCUUGCGGUUCCUUCUGAAGCAGAAACACGACACCCAUCAGCUCAUGGAGGAUCGCCGAUUCGUUUUCGACUUGAUGGUCGAGUUCCUCGUUUGCGGCAAAGGCAACGACAACGAACCACUGCAGGAGUUCAUUCUCCAAAGCCCAGCUCCGAUAGAUACCGCUGUGAAACUGUCAGCCCUCUACAGGGAUAUGUCGGAGAAAGAGAAGGAGCGAGCAAAAGACCUUUCCAAUGUGGCCGUGUUUUCUGAGAACAUGGCUGUGGAGCUUCUCAGUAUAACUGCCACCGAGUACAAUGCAGCCAUUCUACUCAAAGCCAAAGACAAUCGAGGACGACCUCUGCUCGAUGUUCUCAUUGAAAACGAGCAGCGUUUCUUCUUGAAUUCAUCAGAUGAUCGGCGCGUACAAUUCAGUACAGCUUUCAUAUUCUCAGCUCUUGUUUCAGGAAAAACAGUUGCAUUUUCUCUGUUCGUACUGAUCUGUCCACCGGCUUGGUCGAGCUCCAAUCAUCAAGUUCGUCUGCCAUAUCGUUUCUCACGUGUAUUUCACAUCCUUUUGACGGUAGUCGUGCUCAACAUCACCCAUAAAAUGUACGAGGUUACGUCCGUGAUUCCGAAUCCCGUGGAAUGGCUGCUCUUGUUAUGGCUGAGCGGUAAUUUGGUGUCAGAACUGUCAAAUGUUGGCGGUGGAUCUGGCCUUGGAAUAGUCAAGGUCCUAAUACUGGUACUGUCAGCGGCAGCCAUAGCCGUGCAUGUGCUUGCAUUUCUUCUUCCCGCAGUGGUCAUGACCCAUCUUGGACAACGACGAAAAGCUGCAUUUCGCCAGAACUAUGCUAAUCAGCUAUUUGCCUUUGCUCUUCUUUUCGCUUUCGUUGAAUACCUCGAUUUUCUUACCGUCCACCACCUGUUUGGCCCAUGGGCUAUCAUUAUCAGGGACCUUAUGUACGACUUGGCUCGUUUUCUUGUUUAUUGCUCUUAUUCGUUGCGGGAUUCACAACUACAUCCUGCUUACCAACCACUCGACGAGGACAGCGCAGAGUUGAUGCGCCUUGAAUCUCCUUGA